AUUUGGCACGGAUUGUUUUCGGAUAUCGAAGCUGCUGUGGUUGAGAUUUUCGAAUAACGGACAUAACAUUAUAAAUCGUCAAUAUUGCCAUUAUAGUAGCCUGAAGUCGAUCGCAAGUACUAAUUUGCGUAUCUGCUGGUCAAGUCGCCUGAUUUAAAGUGUCGUUUAUCUUGUUUAGGAGGUACAUUUGUUCUAGGUCAAAUAAAGGGAUGCUGCAGUCGGUGUCUUGGAGCUCGACGACACAAUCGCUGAGUUGUAUGUUGUGUUUAUUCGAAAUAAGUACGAUAACGAUAAUUGAACAUGUUUGCAGAAUAUGUUAGUCUCGACCGAAUCAUUUUAAAAUUACUGAAUUCAAAUUGUGCAACAUUUAAUUACUGCCCCGCACCGCGCAUAGACUCGAGAGGAUUUUAGCUUGUAUUGUGUUUUAGUAGUACUCCGUAUAUCGAGUCAUCUGUGAAGCGGUCUAACUGCUCGGCUGUGUGAUAUUUUUUUUCAAGUGGGCCGUACAGCGGAAAAGCCAUGAAGCUUUUGGAAAAUUCCCAAUUUGAAGCGUUAAGCUCCCAGCUUUGUGUUGAAACUGGAGACGCUCACAUCCUGGGCAGGAUAGAGAGUUACUCAUGCAAGAUGGCUGGUGAUGACAAGCACAUGUUUAAGCAGUUCUGUCAGGAAGGGGAACCACACAUACUGGAAGCCCUGUCACCACCUCAGUCCAGCAGUGCUCCAAGCCCUAACCUAUUGGGGAAGAGUGGGGAGGAUGGAGAGAACCCACUAAGUGAUAAAUGUUGCAGGAAGACUUUGUUCUACCUCAUCACCACCCUGAAUGAGUCCUUUGGGCCUGAUUACGACUUCAGUGCUGCCCGUGCCCAUGAAUUUAGCCGAGAGCCCAGCGCGAACUGGGUGGCAGACUCUGUUAACAGCAGCCUUUAUUCGGCUGUGGGGGAUCAGUUCAACACUUUGGGGCCUGAACUGUGGAGUGCCAUUGAUCAAGAGAUAAACCUGCAGAGCUGUGACAUCUAUAGCUACAACCCAGACCUUGACUCUGACCCCUUCGGUGAGGAGGGCAGCCUGUGGUCCUUCAACUACUUUUUUUACAACAAGAAGCUUAAACGCAUUGUUUUCUUCACUUGCCGCUCAGUCAGUGUCCUCAGUAGUUAUGGUCGUAGUGGGCUUGACAAUGAGUUAGACAUGGAGAUGGAUGAUGAAGAGGAAGUGGAUUGUUUCAUGGAAGACAGGUUCCCCCGAGCUUUGUGUGUCUAAAACUUCCUCUGGGAUGUCAAAUUGAACAUCAGACAAAGGGCCUCAAUGUUCACCUCCUCACUACUUUUUUUUUGUUUUUUGCUCAACUCCUCCAUUGAUUGGGGGGGGGGGGGGGAUGCUUUCAAAAGCUUUCUUUGUUGGAGUUUUAGUUUAUUUUUUUGUAUGUGUUUUUAAUGUGUGCCUCCAUUUUGCUCUGUUCCAUAAGGUCUGAAAGGGGGAUUUUUAUGAAUUAAAUUUAGACCUCCCAUUUGCUUUUUAAGAUGUAUGGCUGGCUGGCUGACAAGAAUUUCAAGAGCGCUUCUUGGUUUGACAUGAACUCAUUUAGUCAUGGGCUAAGACACAAACCAUGUAAAACUACACUGAAAACCAUUUUCACCAGCCCUCCCAGGAAAUGUCAACAUAGCAGCAUGUUCAAACACCAGCAUUUUGACAAAGGAGACAAGAUGUGUUGACAUCUUCAAGACAUUUUUUAACACACUUUGGACUGUAGACUAUGUGACCCACCAUUUCUGAACAUUUGUUGAUUUAUUGGUUCUCUAAACUUUACAGACCAUUAAUGAAAACAUUUAAUGUUUAAGUAUGUUAAUGUUGUCUUUUACUUAGUCCACCAUGUGAAAGAUUUAAUUUUUUUAUUAUUUCACAAGACUUUCAGUGUUAAUAAUAUAUAUAUAUUUUUUUAUUAUUAUUAAUUUCUAUUUAUUAGCUUAAAACAAAAAAAAGCUUUUUAAAUUGAAAUUGCUGAUUUUUCUGUAUAUAUCACAUUCAGCAAUUUCAAUAUACAGAAUGUACUGCACUGAUUCUAUCCUAUCACUAUUUAUUACUGUUUUUUUUUCCCCUGUCUUUCAGUCUCUGCUUUACCUGCUAUAAUGGUUGCUAUGAUAUAUCCAUUCAUCAGUAUUUAGAUUAGUGCAACGUUGUACAUGUUAUUUCUUUUGCAUCUUUUUGGCAUGCUUUUUAGUAAAUCCACUCCAUCUUGCUAAAAUGUAAACAAACAAACCAAACAUUGUCAAAACUGAAGUUUCUUAAUGUUUCUGUUUCUUACAACGAUAUGAAUUUUAUUUUACCACUGUUUUGAAAUGGAUGGACAAAUGUGAAUGGAAAAUGCUUCUUGUAGCAGUUUUGGCAUUUAAACAGACACUCACUUUAAAAAAAAAUAUUAAGGAUGAUUGAGCAUCUGUGACUUCUUUUUGGAAGAAAAUAAAGGUUUUGUGUUAUUUA